AUAACUCUUUAAGCACCAUGACUAUUAUUAAUAGACUUUCGAUUUCUUACAUAUAAAUAUUCGAAAAAAAACCGUCAAGUUUUUCAAUUGUCGUGAUUUCUUUCAAAUAAGAAGCAUGGACGCGCUUCGAGUUUUUUGCGUUCUUUUCGCGUUGUAUUCGCGUGGAUAUUCGCAAAGUAUUUUCGGAAGUUUUUCGGAUUUGGUAGAUGAGUUCGAGGUAGUCCAGCUCUACAUUCCCACACUGAAUUCGGAUAAUGAAAAGUGUAGAGAGCAUAGCGAGUAUUACGCGGAAGAGCUGAAGAAUUUGAAAGUUUGGGCUACAGAAAUGUUCGAUUCCUCUGGAAAGAUGCCCAGCGGAAUACUCUCUGGCUCAUCUCACGACUUAGGAAACUUUGACGAAUGUGUGGAAAUUCAAGUACCUUAUGAGAAAGAAGAGUUUUCCGGGCAGUACUGUAUGGCCCAGUUUAUUAUCGUACCGCCAAAAGACACCCUUAUCCAGCACGGAAGCAGCUAUUAUGAAAAAAGUGAUUAUCAGAGGUACUUCAACGAAUCUAUGUGGGAAAAAUUGACUGUUUAUUCCAAUGAUGAUACCAAAGGGUCCAGAAACGAACUCUACUUUGCAUUCUGUCUACCGUCAUCAUGCUCCUAUAAAGAUCUACAGAAGUCUUUAUACAAAAACACUGAAAAAUUCAAUAAUAAAAGCGAUUUUCAAUUAUUGGUGGAUGUUCAAGAGCGAAGUUGCCAAACCAGUAAACCUGUAAGGCUAACCUUAGGUGACUGGGCAUUUAUUAUUUUUUUGAUACUGUCCGUCCUGGUGGUAGUUAUCUCAAGUAUUUAUGACGUAUUAAUCAGGAGAGGUUCACAUAGGGAAUUUAAACUGACAGAUAAAUUGCACAGUCUCAUACUAUGCUUCUCGUUUCCCAACAAUUUCAAGAAAUUCACAUCGGAAAGCAAAAAUCUGGAUGGCUUAGAUUUCUCUGCAGGUAUGAGAGUUUACUCUAUGGUGCUCAUUAUUGUUUUGCAUAGGAUCAUGUUUGAGUUUGGAUCUCCUAUGGUGAAUCCCAAAUAUGUGGAAAAGUUAUAUACGAAAUUUGAAACCACUUUGUUACUAAAUGGGCCAAUUCUAGUGGAAACGUUCUUUACCUUGUCAGGUUUUUUGGCAACUUACUUGAUAUUGGGCCAGCUGAAGGCCAGCAAAGAUGGCGUGAAUUUAUUGCUGUUUUACCUACACAGAAUCAUAAGAAUGUCACCGACUUAUGCAGUAAUUUUGGCAUUCUACUGUACCAUUUUCGUAAAACUUGGCGAUGGCCCUUUUUGGCAGCAAAGGGUUGGUCUUGAACAAGAAAGAUGUUUAGCCAGCUGGUGGGCCAACUUACUUUAUAUCAACAACUACGUCAAUACUGAUCAAAUAUGCAUGUUUCAAUCAUGGUACGUAACCUGCGAUAUGAACUUCUUCCUCUUUACACCAGUAUUAGCAUGGAUAUUAUGGAAAAGACCCAAACUGGGGGUUUUUUUGGUGAUCGGACUGAUUAUUUUAUCCAUUGUGGUGGUUUUUGUCAUAGUGUACAUCAAUAAUUUAGAUGCAAUGUUCAUGUUGUAUAUUAAGGUACUUAAGGAUCCAGUGUCUCAUAACUCCUUUUUGACUAUGUAUAUUCCUGGGCACAUGAGGGCCAGCUCAUAUUUUGUUGGGAUUUUGACCGCAUAUAUUAAGCAUAAGAUGAAUGAUAAUAAUGUCAAGAUACCUAGGCAUAUUGUCAAAAUAGGUUGGAUCAUGUGUGCACCAAUUAUGCUAGCAGCCCUAUACACAGGAUUCCUCUUUUACCUGCUGCACAUACCUCCCUUAUUUACCGCCUUAUAUGCCUCCUUAUAUCACUUUGCUUGGAGCAUAUGUAUAGCAUGGAUGGUAAUUGCUAUUUCUUCAGGGUAUGGACCCUGGAUUGAUCCACUUUUAAACUGGAAACCGUUGGUGAUUCUAUCAAGGCUGACUUACUGCGUUUAUAUAUCGCAUGGGAUUAUUCAAAUUUAUACGGCUGGAAGUAUUAGGACGCCGAUACACGCCAGUGUGUUUAAUGUGGAAUACCAAACGGCAGCUGAUAUAUUGCUAGCGUACAUUUUGGCUUUUGUCUUAACUAUGCUGUACGAAUCACCCAUAAUAGCUCUCGAGAAAGUUCUCUUAAGGAAACGUACUUCACCGGAUCAAAAGAAGUCGGAAAAACCGAUGGAGGAAGAAAGCUCGACAGUUGAAAUGGCAUAAUUUCCUUAUUAGUUCUUAUAGGAUAGGGACUUAUAUUUAGUACAAUGUAAUGCUUGGGCACUAUAAAAGACGUUCAAAAAAAGCGUUACAAAGGUUUU